CCGCUAUACCCUUCAGAGGUUGGGUGGUUUGCAAGGUUCUCUGAAAAAGCGCAAUGGUUUCUCUACAAAAUCCUCAAGUUUCUAAAAAAGUUUCACAAAGCUGUUGAAAUUGCAAAACGGCGCAAAGAGCGCAGAGUUCUGAAAAUGGGGCCGAAACAACAAGUAAUAUCAGCAUUGGAAUCAGUGAAAUUCAAAGCUGAUAUUAAUAAUAAACGACUAAAAAUUGGUCUUAUUGAGUACUUUUACGCAGCGUUCAUGCUCGCAGAUUUUAUAUGGUACUGUGCGCUACAGCCCAACUGUAUGACGUAUAUACAGGCCAUACCAUGGAAAUGUUAUAGUAUCUUCGGGUAUAAAUUAUCAAACUAUAUUGCACCACAGUGUUGGGUAACAUCUACGAAUUUAUUUGUUAAAUUUAUGCAGUUUCGCUACGGGAAUGCAAAAAAAUGUGAGAAUCGUUUCGAAGUGGCAGUUGACAUUGCGACAAUCGCCAUUGUUUCAGUUUUGCAAUUAAUUAUGAUUGUCUUUCUAAUAACUAAUACACUUCCGAUGUUUAUUGCUUACAUUUGGAUUUUAAUUCCACUCGUAAUGCUGGCAUACGUGACUGGUAUUCUAUUAGCAUACUGCGGCGACAGUAGCGGACGCAAUGAUUUGGCUUAA